AUGGACGAAGUACGUGAAUUGUUAGCAUCACGCUAUUUUCCAUAUACAAAUGACUCUCGUUUUCACGACUAUCGUUGCAGUAGUCUUUUAACUGAUCGGGCAGGAGUAUUUACAGGAAAUGGUACUGUUUUUGUUUAUAUUACCGGACAUGGAUUAUCAUCAGAGUUAGCCAAUAAAUUAGCUCAGGAACUUACAUCAUUAGAGGGAAUAUACCCACAGUACAGAGGAUAUUUAGUUGCGCAACGAGAUCAUGGUCGUCUUCGUCUUGAUGAACUACUAGAAGCUGGUCAAAUUGUUGCAUUUACGAAAUUUAUUGGUAUCGAAGAUUUUCUUAUUGAAUUACUUGAAACAUGUCGCACGAAUCAGGAGAAAGAUAGUGAAAGUCCAUAUUUCAAGCCUGAACCAGAAAAAUUUCGGCAGCGGCAUUUAAUUAUUGUUGUUGACGCAUGUUUCUCUGGAAAUUGGAUUAAAGAUAAUAUUGCGGAUCAAUUCGAAACAGCCUAUAUCAAAAAUACAAAUAUAUCAAUUACGAUUCAAACGUCUACAGAAAAACAGCUUCCUUCCUAUGGAUAUUUCUUUACACCGUUAUUUGUCAAACUACAAACCCUUAAUGAAAAAGACUUGAACGAGAUCGUCGAAGAAUUCAAUAAUUUGAGCAAACCAUCCAAAGAUGAAUAUCAAAGGUCACUACUAAAUCAACUUGGAAUGGAAGAAUUGCCCGUUCCACAAUUUUGUCACUAUAACAUUGAUGAAGUUCACAGAAAUUUACACAUAGAUGAUACUAACAAAAUGAAUACUCAUGUUACUGUACAAGGUUUACGUUUUUUUGUUGACCCAAAUUUUUUCGCCUUUUUCACACAUAAGCUUAUGAGUUCUACAUUAGGACCCGAUAUCGAUAGUCUUAAAUCGAGACCUUUAUUAGAUCGUGACGGAGGUCAGCAAUUUUUAGAAAUGCUAAUUAAGGCAAACGACAUUCAGAUUCGAGGCAUCAAAUUAAAACGCUUUCGUAAUGGUACACCGUUAUGCAUUGCGGCAGUGCGCUCGCCGACUAAUACUUUUGAGGGCAAGCAUGUUUUAACAGAUUACGAUGAGUACUGGUAUCAUCUUCAUGUUCAUUUCGAUGGUACUAGCAACGAUAAAGUAUCGUUUCCAGGUAAUAUCACCCAUAUAAAAUUAGUAUAUGCCGCCCAGAGCAAGCUACAGUACUACGAAUCGGGUAAAUAUGAGGGAGAGAUCUUUGAUGAUGCAUCAAGAGAUAAUCAAAAUGAUUACCAGACGAUGGAAAACGAGCGAGUAAUUAAAGAUUCUAACAAAAGAGACACUGAAUUUUUUGUUGGCAAUUGGGGUCGAUAUUGUGACAAAGUAAAAACCUGCUUGAGACAUUGGUCACAAACGCAACCGCGGAGGGCCUUUUUAUCGAAAGGUAAAAAACGAGACGAGUACUUCUUAACUGAUAUUUGGAGUAGUAAAAAACUAUGGCAUGAGUUAGAACCAGUCCAGUUUGGACCAGUUUUAGUGAGAGAUAGGUCUUUGAUUACAGAACAAAUCGACAGCUCUAAAGUGGUAGCUAGGGUGACUGAGGAACUUUCAGAACAUAGAUAUCUGGAAUACAAACCAGAAAGAGGCAGAAACAACGAAGAAAGAGAAAUUAUAACAAGAUCGGUAGACACCUUCUGAAAAUGAAUGGUAAAAGAGAAUCUUAUAUUGUUGUUAGAAUGCUGCUAUAAAUUUUCCAUUUAAUAAAAAUUAAAGCUGUUUUUUAUCCACAGAAAAUAUUAUUAAUUCAAAUAAACUAUACUUAUAAUUCACAUUAUGCAUCUCAUUUGAGAGCCACUAUCUCCCAGAUUAAACAAUAUGAAAUACAAGGGCGUGGGUGUGGGGGUGGGGAUGUCGGCGUGGGUGUGCGGGUGGGGUAUGGGUGUGGGUGUGUGAGGUGUGGAUGUGCGUGUGGGUGUGGGAGUGGGGGGGUGGGUGGGUGUGGGUGUGCG